GCUGAGCAUGACCACCGGGUGACCGGUGCCAAUCUCGAGAGUUUCUGUGUGUUCGGGAUGCUGGUGCGGCUUUGCCUGGCAGUGGCCGCAACUGUUUCUAUCACAGCGAGUGUCUUAUCCCCGGCUGGUCAAGUUUCUGCCACGUAAUGCUACUCCAAGAGUACUUACUACGAAGUACUCAGGCUAUUAGUAUAAGCCUCAGCGUCGUGCUGUCGCCUAUCUGAUCAGUGCUUCAGUGUCAGCCCCGAGCAAAGCAAGCCUAAUUUCAAACUUCUACUCCGCGACUUUAUUUCUGACGUCAUGAUACGGAUAGGGACGUCGUACUAGUAGGUGCGGGCGAAUGCCACAGGCCCCUCACUAUCGCACUACUCAUGCACUCCUGCCUCCAAAUCUGUGAAGUUCUGCAGAACAUUUUUUCGGCCGUGAACAAUUAUGAAGAAAUCACCCUUGAAGUACCAACCAGACCUCAUGAUGUAUAUGUUCGCCGCGAAACUCUCGCACGUCUCGCUAGGACUUGUCGCACAUUCUCGGACCUUGCUCUGGACAUGCUCUGGGCUCACAUAGAUACUCUCAACCCUGUAGUGGAAUGUCUUCCCAGACAUGUAUGGUCUCGACAUCGUCACAGUGGUAUUCUGAAGAUAAAUAGUUGCAUUCUGAUCUCUCAUUGGCGGGGCAUCGAAAAGUACCUUACGAGGGUUCGAGCCCUUGGAACACUUGGGCGGAGUGCUAUGGGUGGCAUCUCUCAGGAACUCGCACAUACCCUCUGCAGUCAUCCUUGGCCUUCCUUGCUCCCUCGCCUUGAAAAACUGAGCUGGUCGGAUGGUAGCUUUGAAGCUACCCAACUCUUUUCCAACCUUCUCAGCCCCACCCUGACUGAGCUUCAUCUACACGCGAUGGGUAACCUGUUUAUGCUCUCGGUUUUAUCAAACCUGGGAGUUAUAUGUCCCCUCAUGAAAUUCUUCUCCACCACUGGAUUAGAUCCAGCUGCAUCCGUCCCUGUUUCAGAAGCAGUUGUAUGUGGUUGGCACCAGCUCAAGGCCCUUAGCACAGAAGCCGUCGAUGGGCCCGCCUUGCUCCACCUCUCCACUCUUUGCUGCCUCGAGCACUUACAACUUUCAUUUCUAUCGCAAAAUAAAAACUCCUUCAAAUACAAUCCGACUACAUUUUCAAAUCCCCUUCAAUAUCUCACAAUCCGUGCGAAUAGUUCCGAGCUAUGCAUGCCUUUCCUUGAAGCAACGUGGAUACCCGCGAGAAGAGUAUCUAUCUCUCUCGGGAACAUCCCACGAUCUUCCAGUAACGAAACCUUUCUUUUACUCCUUGCCUCUCGUGUAACGGCGCAACAAGUGCAAGCUCUCUCACUCGAUUUGACUUGUGAUUCACUGCUUACGAUCAGUGAAAUCAUGCCACUAUGCUCGUUUUGCACAUUGGAAGAACUAACGCUACCAUGUCACUUUGGCAACCUUACUCUGAACGACCAAGACCUCAUUAGAGCCGUUAAAUCGUGGCCCAAGCUCAUAAAGUUACGCCUGGGUGAUGAGGCCACGUGGGUGACACCAACGCGUCCUCAAAUCACCCUGGAUGGGUUUUCUAGUCUGUUGUUGCAUUGCCCAAACUUGCACACUCUUGGCAUCGGCAUGGACGCCACCUCAUACAGUGUUGUGACACCCGAGGUACCAGGGGGUGGGGUAACUAAUACUAAUAUCACUACACUCUCUGUCGGGGCAUCACUAAUAGAGAAUCCGUUGGCUGUCGCCGCCUUCCUCUCCUCCGUUUUACCAAACCUGAAGGACAUUCUGUACACCAGUUCUGAACUUGUGCCAAAUCAAACGGCAAAACGACACGAGAAGUGGGCGAGAGCUUCAGCGUAUCUGCAAGAUGUUCGUAUGAUCAAGAAGCAGGAGAGGGUUAGAUUGGGGAUCCACUAGGUUCAACUUUGUAUUCUCAUUCGACGUCGUAGUCUCGUAGUAGAGAAUGUUGGACCCUAACAAUUAUAUAUUAUGUAACUGCGAUAAUGAUAUCGAUGGUCUUUAGUACUGUGACGU